AUGGCAACAAAAUUCUCUAUUCACAUUUUGUCGAUUUACUACCCAAAAGAACUUCGUGAAAAUGAUCCAAGUUUACAAAAACCAUCUGAAGACAAAUUAAAAGAGAAAAUAGAAAAAACACGUCAAGUUCUUGAAGCUCUUGUAUCAUUUAAAGUAUCAGCUGCUAUAUCAAUUCAACAUGCAGAAAAACAAGCACUUGUCUUGUUCAAUACAUUCGUUAUAGAUCAUCACAACAAGAACCUUCUUUUAAUUUCUGAUGCUAAACAAUGUAUUAUUCAAAUUUUUGAAGUUCAAAAAGAUCUUAUGGAACCACCUCGAUUUAAUCCUCCAGUUCCAAUUCUUCAUUCACCGACACGAAAAGUUACUAUAAAAGAACAACAAAAUUGGAAGAUCUCAUUAUGUAUUUCCAAUUGGAAAAAUACUAAAGCUCGUGAAGCAGUUGAUAUGCGUGCUAAAGUGGAAAAACAAAUAGCUAAGAAACAAAAAGAAGAAAAAGAAGAACAAUUACGUGAAUUAGCUCUUCAUGCUCGAACAGGCAUUUGUCUUGCUGAUAAGAGUGAUGAUCAAAGUGCUGAACGUGAUCAAAUCCGAUAA